CACCACAUAACAGCCAUGCCGCCUCACUUUCAACUUGUUGCGACAGGAUUCAUUUUAGCAAUAUAAUUCCUUCUGGGGAUAAUGGAGCAAUCAGCGACUGGCACCGCACGCCAUGCAUUACAGUUGCCUGAAGACGACCCCGAUGACAAGAGUGUUAAUCUGAUCUUAGCAGAUGAAGGCUAUCCUAGUCGCACUGUGAUGAUUGGGGAUCUGACUAGAAGAGAGAGACACGCCGAUGUCUAUUCGGUCUAUGAUCCUGAAACCUAUGCCAAAUCGUUGAUUCUUGAGGCUCGCGCUUUUGUUAUCGAUGGAGUUUCGGGGAAACUGAAAAAGUAUCGCAAACGAUGCACGUACCGUCUAGGAGCCCGAACCUGGCUUUCAGCGCCAUGCCGCGGAGCUAAAGUCAUAGUAUAUAAGACCAACUCAUCUGAUACCAAAGCCCAAGAGGUCAACCUCAAUUUGAGUGAGUCUUACCAAAGCUUACCACAUCAACCUAAAGAUACAGACUACAAAAGAGAGGCAGUACGAACACGGCAACUAGAAAAGCGCAGGGAGAAAAGGCAAAAAAGAAAUAACAAUCAAGACUUGGAGAUUCAUUCGAGUUCUCGAUGUACAGAAUUCGCUGGACAUGACGAACCAGAAGAUUCAUACGACAUUUCAUACGAGGAUACCUUCAGGCGCGCUAUCCUGCUGUAUAUACUUUACAACGGUGAAGGAGAGCUGCGGUCUGCCCAAAAGCCAGACAUUCCCGAUGCCGACAGUUUGUUUCCGGGGCUUUCUUAUUACCCCAUUUAUAAUCGAAUUAUCAAUAUUCAAGCUUAUGGCAUUUUCAGUGGAAAGCUCAAAUGUCUGAACCGCUGGAGACUUACCGAGCUCGAAGAUCAUCAGGAAAAACUGUCGGAACUGACUUAUCGUCAGCUUUUUUCGGGAAUUCACUCUAAACUCUCAGAGAAGUGGGCAUCCGAUGCACUCAGUUCAAUCAAAGGCAAAAACCAUCGAUCAGAUAUAAUUCACCAUACUCAGUCAACUCUUCCGAUUCUUCUUGAGAAGGCACAAAAAGAUGUGUAAAUAACCUUUUUAUACUCUAGAAGACUUAUAAUGGCGACUACACUAUUUGAAGACGUAAUCACAAGUUAUAGUACGGCUAUCCAGGGGUUAAGUACAGUGGAAAACGAUAGUCUAUGCAUGGAUAUUUUUUGAUGAUGGGA